AGGUACUGUGAUCAUGUUUUAUCUAAAGAAAUUAAUAAUUACAUAUGGGAUUUAUUAAGAGAAUUAGUCCGAUUUCAAGAUCGGCAGUAUCAAAAAGAUCCCAUUAAGGCAAAGAUUCGACGUAGAUAUGUCUUAGGCCUUAGAGAGAUUCAAAAGUAUCUUCGCCUUAAAAAGCUAAAAUGUGUCGUUAUUUCACCAAAUUUAGAAAAAAUUACUUAUGAAGGUGGUAUAGAUCAUACGUUGCAACGAAUCAUUGAAACCUGUCACUUUCAAAACGUACCUGUUGUUUUUGGGCUAAAUCGACAUUCUCUUGGUAGAGCAGUUAAGAGACAUGUUCCUGUUAGCAUCGUUGGUGUAGUAAAUUACGAUGGAGUACAUGUAAGAAUGUAA